AUGAUGUAUCAUUAUUCAUGUUUUCAUCUAAUUAUUAUUCUUGCUCUUUUCAAUUUUUACUGUUAUUCAUUACCUAUACCACAUAUUGAUCAAAAUAAAAUAGAACAAAUAUUAUCAUCAUUGAAUUUGAACGGACAAGAUCUAUUAAAACCAUUGGCUAUUAAUAAAAAUGAUCGACUCGAUUAUUUGAAUAUAUUAUGUGUACUUUAUGAUGAUUGUUAUGAUAAAGAUCAACAACAUUUUAGUCAUACAAAUAUAAAACCUAAACGUCUUAUGUCGAAUUUAUUUCAUGGUAUUCCGAAAUUUGGCAAACGUGCAUUUGCAUCAGCAUUUUCUGGUAUUCCAAAAUUUGGUUAA